AUGAUUUUCAAAGUAGCUUUGGCUUUCAUUAGCAUAGUGGCAGCGUGUUCUGCAAUACUUCAAGGGACAAUAGAUGUUAAUAGACUACAAGGCAUAUUACAAGAAGGUCUUGGAAGUAAAGAUUUGAGCUCUAUUUACUAUUCAGUCAAAGGACUGAAACAAAUUAAUGCCAAAAUUCCUGAUAUUUGCCAGGUAAUUAAAUCAGCAAACUAUGAUUUAAAUAACAUUGAACAAAUAUUCUACCUUACAAAUGCUGCUGCCCUUUCUGGGUGCCAGAAUUUCUUAAAACCUGAUGUAUUAAGUGCCCCAGUGAGGGCACUAGACAAAAAAGAUGCUUCACUUAUAGAGAUGUACCAUGCAGUGUAUUCUCUUAAGGCAAUUGGAAAAGGUCAAACAUUUGAAAGAGAAGAAGCCCUUAAAAAUCUAAUUCAAUUAUUGAAGAAAGAUGACACACCAGCUAACUAUGGAUAUGUGUUUGCUUUAUGUGAGCAUAUGGGAUGUGAAGCUUGGACAGCACAGCACUCUGAAGGGGUCCUGUUAUCAGCUGACGAGAGUGACUCCAAAUCUCUUCACUUUGAAGGUGGCCUCCCCGUUACCUCCUUCCUUUUAACAACUAUUCUCAGAUCAUACAAAAGCCUUAAGAAGCCAGCCCCACUGACUUUAGACCAGCGCUACAAGUUUGCCACAUACUUGGUGUCUAGGCGUUCUGUGAACACUCCCCGUGGGGCUGCCCUAUUACUAGAAGCUGCUGUAGCAAUUGCUGAUGAUCAGCCAACCCCAAUCAGUGUAGCAUUCAAGGACAGGAAGUACAUAACCUCGGAAUUAGACACCAUAGAGUUCUCUGUUACUGACAUUAUUGGCAGAGCAAUUCCAUCCCUUAAACCAGAGGAAGUUGUUGCACAAUCUGGCACCAGGCUGGCUGAUGAUGUAGUUGUGCUUUCCAAACAACCUUUAACUCAGAAACAAAAUGAUCAAACAACUUACAUCCUCAAUCUAAAUAAGAUUAAGACACAAUAUGGCAUGUACAAAAUCUCCUUGGCUGCGGGAACCAAGUCAGCUAACUUUAAUGUUGCUGUGUUGGGUGAAAUACAAUUGGGUAAUUUGGAACUUGGUAUUGGAGAUGUCGAUGGAACAACCAGCCCCAAGGUGACUACUCUUGCCUUCCCCAAUAAGCUUACUGAUGUGCUGCAGGCUGAUCAUUUACAGAAGGUAUCAUUGAAGUUCAGUGUAAAAGACAAAUGGGGCAAGCCAGUGUUGGUUCAGCAGGCAUUUGUGCGAGUAGCUCCAUCCAGUGGAGAUGAUGAGGCAAUCUUUGUUGCAGAACCUGACAAUACUAAGGCUUAUAAGGUUGACUUGAAUGUAGCAGCUGUUGGAAAGUUGGUUCAGCAGAAAUCAGGUCGACACUUCUUAAGCGUCUACCUCGGUGAUAGUGCUGUCUCCAACCCUUUGCUUUGGGACCUCGGGGAGAUCGCAUUUAACUUUGGAAAGGAUGCUGUAGCUAUUGGUGAAGAUAAAUCCCGGGCCAAUUCAGUGAACAGAGGACCAUUGCCUGAGAUUUCUCACAAGUUCCGUGAACCAGACGCGCGUCCCCCAAGACUGGUCUCGGAUGUGUUCGCGGCCGCAUGUGCCGCCCCCCUGCUUCUCUUGCUGCUGCUUUGGGCUAGGAUUGGAAUUAACUUCGGAAACCUGCCUUUUACACCGGCUGCGCUCGUCUUCCAUGUUGGGCUCGGAGGUUCCCUGGCGCUAUACGGCUUAUUCUGGCUGCAGCUCUCGAUGUUCGCGACGCUGCGUUAUUUGGCGCCUCUUGCAGUUGUAACAUUCCUUUCAGGUCACAGCCUUCUGCGCCGCCUGGCGCAAGACAAGAAGCGCUAG